AAUUAUACCACACAUUUGUGAGCACUUAUGUCACUUCCUGUUGAAACUGAAAGUAAGGCGUUGUAAACGUCGUAGCAUUAGCAUGUCGAUCAGACUCAAUUGAUUUUGUUUCUACGGGUGUUUACGUUGAUUUUAUUUCAGUUGGAUGUUGUAAAUGUAAAGCAGAAUAUGAAUCCUCAGAAGUUUCACGAGAUUGACGAGGACCUGACAAGUAGCGAUGUGGCCCAGCUGAAGUUUCUGUGCAUGGACCUGAUUCCCAAGAAGCGUUUGGAGCCGGUGAUAGAUGCCAAAGAUCUGUUCCUGCGACUAGAAGAGCAAGCACUGCUCGAAGACGGGCUACUCGUCCCUGAGCUUCUGAUCACAAUUGGGCGCCUUGACUUGCUUGUCAUCCUGGAUAAAACCAAAGAGGAAGUGGAAAGAGAGCUGCCAGAACGCGACGAUUCCAGUAAAGGUGUCUCCGAGUACAGAAAGAUGCUAUUUAGACUAUCUGAGGACAUGACAGAAGAAAACCUUCGCUCAGUAAAGUUCCUUUUGGAUCUUCCAAGGGCAAAACAAUUUGCUUCAUUUCUAGAUGUUGCAAUUGAGAUGGAAAAGCAACAGAGGCUUGGGGAAAACAACCUAGAUGAACUUUACAGUGUUCUAGAGAGAUGUGACAAACAGCUGGCCUGCAGGAUAGAGGAGUUCAAGAAUACACACAGAGGAGGCAGACUCCCUCUACAGGAAGUGUUUCCUAAUGAACGACGGCCUUUACCCAUUCGGAUGGAAACAGAGAGAGGAGAUGAACGGAGGAGAGGCUCUUCUGUUGGCUCGCUUGUCACCGAUUCAGACCCUGUACUUACGAAUCAGCAGUCAGAUACAGAAUAUUACAGCAUGACUCAACGGCCUCUUGGAUACUGUCUAAUCAUCAACAACUACAACUUUGAAAAAAUGACCGAAUUGAACAACCGAAAAGGCACUGAGAAGGACAAAGAUGAUCUUGUCCAAUUGUUUCGCAGAAUGCAUUUUAUAGUUGAGGUGCUGGAUGAUCUGACAGCCUCAGAUAUAAAAGAUGUGAUAAAGAGUUUUGCAAAAAAGGAUCAUACUCGAAUGGGCGCUUUUGUCUGCUGUGUCCUCUCGCAUGGAGAGAAAGGCGCUGUGUUUGGCAUAGAUGGUAAUCUGGUUGAAAUCCGUGAACUCACACUGCCUUUCGCUGAAUGUCUCACGCUAUUACGCAAGCCCAAGCUUUUCUUCAUUCAAGCCUGCCAAGGAAGCAAGGCCCAGAAUGGUGUAUGGGCAUCAGAUGGACAAGUGAACGACACAGAAGAAGGAAUAUUUGAGGAAGAUGCUUAUAAUCCUGCGUUGAGCAGUGUACCUAUAGAAGCUGAUUUCCUAAUCGGAAUGGCCACAGUAGAGCAUUACCAGUCCUUUCGCCACACUAGAGAGGGGUCUAUCUAUAUCCAGGAGCUCUGUAGACAGCUGGAGUUAUUCUGCCCCAGAAAUGAGGAUAUCUUAUCCAUCCUGACAAAAGUAAACCAUGCAGUGAGCACCAAAGUUUUGAAAGGCCGCAAGCAGAUGCCUGAACCUCGAUACACCCUCACCAAGAAGCUGGUUCUUCCCAUGGACUGAAGCUUAUGAUUGACUUCUGUAUGACUGGAUUCACACUGGACAAGUUUCCGUUAUUCCGUUACUCAGUCUCUAUAUCAAUCCUUCAGGGAGGAACUUCGGUACUAUAUAUUCGUAUUGAUCUCGCUGUCUCUCGGAGUUCUAGUCUUAAUUAUUAAAGAAAACUGUGAGUUAAAGUUUAUUGAACAGAGUUAUGGAAAUUUGAUUCUUGUUUAAACAAUGCAAUUUAGGAGCAAUAAAACAAUUAUAUUUGAUACUGGGCACAAAUAUUUUUAAAACUAUAAUGAUAAGUGUGAUGCCGGUUUUAUAUCAGCAGUCUAAAUGAUUUAGUUUUGAAUUCUGUUGUAAAUACAGAUCUAUUGAUGUUUCUGGAUUAAAUAAAAACCAGAGAGUUGUUGAAGACCUUAACAUGUAAAUAAAAGAAUGAAAUAAUGAAA